AGUUUUUUUUAGUGGUAGCACCGCAUACCACGUCACGCAGUUGUCACAUCAUAUCGCGAUAUUUUUGUGACUCUUUUGGGUGUGUGCUUUCUUCAUGUGUGUUGUGCUACUUAUGUGGAUUAUUAGGUGAUAUUUUUCUUUUUAACGGAUAACAAUCCUAAAACGUCAAGAUGCCGAAAUCGAUUCUUGAAUAUCUAAAUAAAGCAAUAGGUUCAAACAGUGACCACUUGAUGAAUGUCCGGGUGACGACGAUGGACGCGGAACUGGAGUUCGCGAUCCAGCAGACGACCACAGGCAAGCAGCUCUUCGAUCAGGUGGUCAAGACCAUCGGUCUGCGAGAGGUGUGGUUCUUUGGACUCCAGUACACCGACUCCAAGGGUGACCUUACAUGGAUCAAGCUAUACAAGAAGGUGAUGCAACAGGAUGUGAAGAAGGAGAAUCCGCUGCAGUUCAAAUUCCGUGCUAAAUUCUACCCUGAGGAUGUCGCCGAUGAGCUCAUACAGGAGAUCACGUUGAAGCUCUUCUAUCUUCAGGUUAAGAAUGCGAUCCUUUCCGACGAAAUAUACUGUCCGCCUGAAACGUCCGUGUUAUUGGCCUCAUACGCAGUUCAAGCGAGACAUGGAGACCACAACCCUUCCAUGCAUGGACCUGGCUUCCUUGCCAAUGACCGCCUUCUGCCCCAGAGAGUCACCGACCAGCACAAGAUGUCUCGGGAAGAAUGGGAGCAAAGCAUAACCAACUGGUGGCAAGAGCACCGCGGGAUGCUUCGAGAGGACGCCAUGAUGGAGUAUCUGAAGAUCGCCCAAGACCUCGAGAUGUACGGAGUCAACUACUUCGAGAUCAGAAACAAGAAGAACACUGAGCUCUGGUUGGGAGUCGACGCUCUGGGGCUGAACAUCUACGAGAAGGAUGACAAACUGACGCCCAAAAUCGGUUUUCCCUGGUCCGAGAUCCGCAACAUCUCGUUCAACGACCGCAAAUUCAUAAUCAAGCCCAUCGACAAGAAGGCGCCCGACUUCGUCUUCUUCGCGCCUCGCGUUCGGGUCAACAAGCGCAUUCUGGCGCUCUGUAUGGGAAACCACGAGUUGUACAUGCGCAGGCGCAAGCCCGACACGAUUGACGUCCAGCAGAUGAAGGCCCAAGCCAGGGAAGAGAAGCUAGCCAAGCAGGCUCAGAGGGAGAAGCUGCAAUUAGAAAUUGCGGCCCGUGAAAGAGCAGAGAAGAAGCAACAAGAGUAUGAAGACAGACUUCGACAGAUGCAGGAAGAGAUGGAAAGAUCACAGGCGAACCUGGUCGAGGCGCAGGAGAUGAUCCGGCGCCUGGAGGAGCAGCUGAAGCAGCUGCAGGCGGCGAAGGACGAACUGGAGAAGCGGCAGAACGAGCUGCACGCCAUGAUGCAGCGCCUCGAGGAGACCAAGAACAUGGAGGCGGCCGAGCGCCAGAAGCUGGAGGACGAGAUCCUCGCCAAGCAGAUGGAGGUGUCGCGCAUCCAGCAGGAGGUGGAGAUCAAGGACACCGAGACGCGCAGGCUGCAGGAGGAGGUGGAGGAGGCCCGACGCAAGCAGGACGAAGCCGCGGCCAUGCUGGCGGCGGCCAUCACUCCCCAGCAUCACCACGUGAACGAGGGCCGCCGGGGGGGCUCCGAGGGCGAAGCGGAAGGGGAAGGCGGCUCCGGAGACGGCUCCGACGGCGGCUCGGAGUCGGGAGUGGGAGAGCUCACCGGGGCACCCGACGACUUGGUGGACCCCCUGGCCGAGCGACGCACCCUGGCCGAGAAGAACGAGCGGCUUCACAGUCAGCUCAAGGCCCUGAAGCAGGACCUGGCCCAAUCCCGGGACGAGACGAAAGAGACGGCGAUGGACAAGAUCCACCGCGAGAACGUGCGCCAGGGCAGGGACAAGUACAAGACGCUGCGGGAGAUCCGAAAGGGCAACACCAAGCGCCGCGUCGACCAGUUCGAGAACAUGUAGGCCGGCGACGCCGCCGCAGGUGACCCGCUUCCGCCCUCGCCGUCCGCUCCUCUCCGUCGCGACUCACCGUCACCUUCGCUAUUUCCCCUUCCGGUGGAGCGUCCUUCGUCCCUCGUCCCCUCCGAACCAUCCGUCGUCCGUUCACCUGCGGCUCGUUCGGCCCGAGCUCCCGCGACGCGAACGCAUCUCUUCUCUCUCUUCACCGAGUUCGUCAAACGCCGGCGGCCGCCUCGCGUACUUAAAGCGACGACCGAACUCUCCGUCCCCGUCCCCCUCUGUCCCCGUGCCCGUCGCGAGAGAGAGAGAGAGAGAGGCGUGUAAAUAUCGAUAAUCACUUGACGUACGAUUGUGCGUCGCGUUACUUAGGCCCGUGCGGCGUCGAAGCACACUUUUGUUUUUAUUGAUUAAUGUUUAAGCGUAGCGGAUUUGGCGUCCGGCGCCGUGUCCCUGCGGACGUAUAAGAUUUGUACUCUGAGCGGUCUCGGGGAGCGGAUGGGGCGACGUCUCUUAUUUAUUUUUAUAAUCGUUUAUACUUUAGACGUAGGACGUUCCCGAGUCCCGACAUCGUUCGGGUGAUUUGUAUAUUCGUUCGGUUCGCGUUCGGGCGAGGUCGGCCCGCUCCUCGGCUCUCGAACAAAAUUCGUAAAGAUAUAUUUAAUUGUAUGCUUACAUGUAUAAUGUUAAUUUAAGUGAGUAAAAGGCAUUCCAAUGUAUAAAAUGCGGUGGCGUUUCGUAAAAAUUUCGUUGAGUCGUGUAGCCCUCGCGGUGUGUUUUUAUUGUUAAGUGCCAUCCGAUCUGUCAGUUCUCCGGAGGCGAAGUGCGAAGUGCUCGCCGUCCUUCCGCCGUAACGGAAGAUUUCCUACUUUGUCUUCUUCCAAUCACAACUGUCGAACUCUCGAUGCUGAAUUAUACAGAACCACGUCGUUGCCUUUCAGUCUAGGACGAAAUUUUUUCCAAUAAAAUGUUUAAGUAAUAAA